AUGAACAUGAUUCCCAGGGCUACAUGUAGGACUAGUGAUCCUUUGCCUUUUGUUCACAAGCAAUAUCAGUCAGGAGACUUCAUUGUUGUGGACAUUUUCUCUCAGAUCUACAUCUUCUAUACUAUGAUAGACUUCAGAAAGCAUUCUUCUAAGGAACUCUUUGUGGACGUUGUAGUCAUGACUCCAAUGUAUCAACACAUCCUAGCCUUAGAAUUUGCCAUCAUGGAGAUCAAUAGAGAUCCCUCUAUUUUACCAAACUAUACCUUGGGUUUCCAUAUUUAUAAUACCUAUUUUGAUCCAAGUUGGACAUACCGUGCCUCAUUGGAACUCUUCUUCACAAAGGGCCAAUUCAUACCUAAUUACAACUGUGAUGCUCAAAACAGACCAAUAGCAGUCAUUGGAGGACCUUCCUCUGAUAUCUAUCUAAACAUGGCUAACAUUCUUUCCCUGUUUAAGAUGCCACAGGUAAUACAUGGUUCUGCUCCUGAAAUUCGCACAAAAGAACAAGCUGCUUUUUAUCAACAGAUGUUACCAAAUAUGAACGUUCAGUACAAGGGCAUUUCUAAAUUGCUGCUAUAUUUCACAUGGACAUGGGUUGGGAUGUUGUUAGUAGAUAAUGACAGUGGUGAAAUGUUUCGACACACAUUUGUUCCCAUGGCUACCCAGAGUGGUAUCUGUUUUGAUUUCAUUGAAAGAUUUCCAAAACCUGUUUAUACAAAUAAUAUUAUAGAGCUAGUAGAAACAGGACUAAAGAUGUACCAAGUGAUUAUGAGAAGUAAUGCCACUGCAGUGGUAGUUCAUGGUGAAUUUGGGAACAUGAUAACUCUAAGAUUUCUUUCCACUAGUUUGAAAUAUAAUGAUUUUCUACUAUGGACAAAAGGUAAAGUCUGGAUCAUGACACUCCAGAUGGGUUUCACAUCACUCCCCUUUCAAAGAUAUGGUGACCUGGUUUUCCUGCAUGGUGCCUUCUCAUUUGUAAUUCACUCAGAGAAGGUGUUGGGAUUCCAUCAAUUUGUUCAAUCAAGAAAUCCUAUCUUGGAAAAGGAACAGAGUUUUAUCAAGAUCUUUUGGGAAAAUGCAUUUGAAUGUUCCUUUUCCACCUCUGUGGUAGAAGAGGCAGGUGGGACCAUUUGUACUGGAGAGGAGAAACUAGAGGAUCUCCCUACAUCUGUAUUUGAAAUGGACAUGACUGGCCACAGCUACAGUGUCUACACUGCCAUCUACAUGGUUGCCCAUGCUUUGCAUGACUUCCAUUCAUCUAAAAUGAAAUGCAAAGCAGGACAUCUUGAAACCAAGGGGAAACCUUUUAAUCAAGAUCUGUGGAAGCUCAACCACUUUAUGAGAAAGAUUUCAUUCAAUAAUAGUGCUGGGCAAAAAAUUCAGUUCAAUGAGAAUGGAGAGUUAGAGACUGGAUUUGAUAUUAUUAAUUGGAUCACAUUUUCAAACUUAUCUUUUAAGAAAGUCCGAGUUGGAAGCAUACACUUCAUGGAUUCCCAAGAAAAAAUGUUCACUACUGAUGAGGAUGAUAUUGUAUGGCCAAGUAGGUUUAACCAGACAAAGCCAUUUUCUCUGUGUAAUGGAAAGUGCCAGUCAGGCUACAGUAAGAUCAAGAUAGAAGGAAAACUAUUUUGCUGCUAUGACUGUCUUCACUGUCCAGAAGGGAAGAUUUCUAACAGGGAGGAUAUGGAUGAAUGUUUUCAGUGUCCAGAAGAUCAGUAUCCCAAUGAGAAGAACAAUUUAUGUCUCCCCAAAGUUAUAACAUUCUUGAAUUACAAAGAAACUUUGGGUGGUGUUUUGGCCACUUCUGCUCUUUUCUUUUCUUUGGUCACAGUUGGGGUCCUUUGCAUCUUUAUUAAGCAUCAGGACACUCCCAUUGUCAAAGCCAACAACCGGAACCUUACAUAUGCUCUCCUUAUUGCUCUCCUGUUAUCAUUUCUUUGUAUUUUGCUAUUCCUUGGAAAACCUCACAAGGUGACAUGUCUCCUUCGCCAAACUGCAUUUGGCAUCAUUUUCUCAGUGGCCAUUUCUUGUGUUUUGGCUAAGACCAUCAUUGUGGUUCUGGCUUUCAUGGCUACCAAGCCAGGAUCCAAGAUAACCAAAUGGGUAGGGAAAAGACUUGGCACAUUCAUGGCAUCCUGUUGCUCCUUUAUUCAAAUUAAGACUUGUGUCAUAUGGCUGAUCAUGUCUCCCCCAUUUCCAGAUGCUGACAUGAAGUCAAUAGCAGAAGAAAUCAUUCUGGAGUGUAACAAAGGAUCUGCCUUCAUGUUUUAUUGUGUCUUGGGUUAUAUGGGCUUCCUUGCCAUUGUCAGCUUCUCAUUGGCUUUCCUAGCAAGGAAAUUGCCUGAUGCUUUCAAUGAAGCCAGGUUUAUCACUUUCAGCAUGUUGGUCUUCUGUAGUGUUUGGUUGUCCUUUGUUCCAGCAUACUUGAGUUCAAAGGGAAAAUAUAUGGUUGCUGUGGAAAUCUUCUCCAUUAUAGCUUCCAGUGCUGGAUUACUGCUUUGUAUCUUUUCACCCAAAUGCUACAUCAUUGUGCUGAGGCCUGAUCUGAACAACAAAGAAUUUUUAAAAAGCAAAACAACAGAUUAA